GCCGUCGAGUAGACGUGGGCAGUCAGCGUCCCUGGGAAAAGAAGAUGCUGCCGAUCGGGAAAACCACGAAACAGGGCAAAAGGGGUAUUCUAGAGCGCUUAGAUGCUGGAGAAAUUGUGAUUGGAGAUGGUGGAUUUGUCUUUGCUCUUGAAAAGAGAGGAUACGUAAAAGCCGGGCCUUGGACUCCUGAAGCAACGGUUGAACAUCCAGAAGCAGUUCGUCAGCUUCACCGGGAAUUCCUCAGAGCUGGAUCCAAUGUUCUGCAGACAUUUACAUUUUAUGCCAGUGAGGACAAACUAGAGAACAGAGGCAAUUAUGUAGCUGAGAAAUUAACUUGCCAGAAAGUGAAUGAAGCUGCUUGUGACAUUGCAAGAGAAGUGGCUACUGAAGGCGAUGCUUUAGUGGCUGGAGGCGUCAGCCAAACACCAUCGUACUUAAGCUGCAAGGAUAAAACAGAGGUUAAAGCAGCCUUUCGAAAGCAACUAGAGGUCUUUAUGAAGAAGAAUGUGGACUUCCUAAUUGCAGAGUAUUUUGAACAUCUUGAAGAGGCUAUCUGGGCAGUUGAAGUUCUAAAAGAAUCUGGAAAGCCAGUUGCAGCUACAAUGUGCAUUGGUCCAGAAGGAGACAUGCAUGGCAUAAGCCCUGGACAAUGUGCUGUUGAACUGGUAAAGGCUGGUGCUUCUAUUGUUGGAGUCAACUGCCAUUUUGAUCCAGAUAUUUCCCUGGAAACUGUGAAACUGAUGAAAGAGGGCUUGCAGGCUGCUAAACUGAAAGCCUACCUGAUGGUUCAACCACUUGCUUUCCAUACACCUGGUUGUGGAAAGCAAGGUUUUAUUGAUCUUCCAGAAUUCCCCUUUGCUCUGGAGCCAAGAAUUCUAACUAGAUGGGAUAUUCAAAAAUAUGCAAGAAAGGCCUAUGACUUAGGAGUUCAUUACAUUGGAGGUUGCUGUGGAUUUGAGCCCUACCACGUCCGAGCAAUAGCUGAAGAGCUGGCUCCUGAAAGAGGAUUUUUGCCAGAAGCUUCUGAGAAACAUGGUAGCUGGGGCAAUAGCCUGAGCAUGCAUACCAAACCCUGGGUCAGAGCAAGGGCAAGAAAAGAAUACUGGGAGAAUCUGAAGCCUGCUUCAGGCAGGCCAUAUUGUCCUUCAAUGUCAAAGCCAGAUGGCUGGGGAGUGACGAAAGGAUCGAAGGAGCUGAUGCAACAGAAAGAAGCAACAACUGAACAACAGCUGAAGGACCUCUUCCAGAAACAGAAGUUCUAAUACACUAUGGUCCAUCUUAUGCUUCAUGAGAAAGUUAGCAGAGUGCUAUGUUGAUUUACUAAUUAAUAUGUAAAGAAAGAGACAAAAUACAGAAAGAGUGUGAUUACAGAUUAAGUAUGUCAAGCUUUGGUAAUAAAGUCUUUCUAGGGACAAAUAGUUCAGAGAACACGCAGUCAGAAGGAGGUUUGGGUUCUCAUAAUAACUGAGCUUCUGUUAGCUGGGUACCGUUAAUUAUCAGACACAGAAAUACAUGGAAGGUAAUAAUUGUCUCAACUCACAUGUGAAAAGAGAUAAAGCCGUCUACAAAUAUGGUAACAAUGGACUUCCACCCCUGAGUCUGUUUUCAGUUUAGGGUUACAUAGGAACUUCCUCUGACCUCAAGAUAUGUUGAGGACUAGUUCAAGCAUACACAAGCUGACAGUGUUUCAAACACAUUAUCUAUAGUUGCUUUCCUGACUUCAAUAGAAUGAAAAUGAACUGAAAAUAUAACUGUCAUCAAAAGAGACAUGAGGAGAAUGAGGAGAAUGAGAUCUUGCAGGGAUUUCUUAUAUGCAGGAGAAAGUUUCAGAGAACUUUUAGGAAAGAAAAAUUACACAGAAAUAACUUGCUGGUUUUUGUCUGAAGGUACCAUGUACACAAGAUUUACCCCUCUGGAGACUAAAAGGCUUAAGAGAUUAUUAGAAAAUAUUUUUAAAAAUCAAAUAAAUUUAAAGUAAU